GUGUCAAGUUUGUAUGCCUCGGCCUUGCGUCAACCCGUCCAUGCGCCGGAUUGUCAUGCUGGUGAGAUUUCGCCAACUGGGGUUUCAGCAAUACUGGCAGUCAUUCCAACGCUUACAAUCGCCGAAACUUUUGUUGACUUUGGAUCUGGGAUCGGCAACGUGGUUGCACAAGUGGCAUUGGAGACUUGUGUUGGGAGAUGCAUCGGGAUUGAGUUCCAGGAAAACUUGGCAAACAUGUCAAAACUGCUGAUUCGUGGCGCACGCGUGGAUUUCCCGAAUUUAUCCAAGGUCACGAUUCACGAGGCCGACCUCAGAGCGAUGAGCCCAGCCGUACGCGAGGAUAUUGACGGGUGCAGUGUUUUAUUUGCGAACAAUAUCGUUUUCGAGCCUACAAGUUUUGCGGCGCUGGAGGACUUUGCAUCUUCAGCAGCAGGUUUGGUCCACGUCGUU